AUGAUGCUGACAAUUAUUGCCUUCCUUAUUCAAAUAGCGUUUAGUGUUAGCGCACUCCAUCCUUCCUAUAGUGUAUUUCUCCAAAAACCUGCAGUUACUGAUAUUAUUCAAAAUAUACCAGUCUCAUAUCAUUCAUCAGGAGUUUCUGGUGGCAAUAGUUACUUCGGAAAUUAUGCACGCUCCAACUUUCCUGCCCAGCCUAUACCUGAUCCAUCUACCUUAGGUUGUGGAAACCCACCAGCAUCGUGUCCAAGCACAAGAUACAGGUCUUACGAUGGCUCCUGCAACAAUUUCAGAAAUCCUAUUCUUGGAACUCCAAAUACUCCGUACACUAGAUUAUUGCCUCAAAAUUAUGGAGAUGUCUUGAGAUCGCCAUUAAAUUUAACAUUCCACUUAAAUAUGGAAUAUUGGGAGAUAUUUGAAUCGGGAGAAGAAACAUGUAUUAUCUGUGGAGCAGCAGGAGAGACAUACUUGACAGAAGAAGAACUAGAAGCUAAAAGAAUGACUUUAUCAUUCAUCUCUUGCUCCAAUAACAAACAGGUAGCAUUAGAUUCAUUUCGGAAAGAAAUAGAUUCCUCAGAAUCAGGCUCGGGAAUAGGAAGACGAUCUAUUCUACCUAACAAAUGA